GACGUUGUAAUGGAGGUUCAGAGGUGGCAGCUGUGGGUUGAUAUCGGCAUUUGGAAUAUAAAACUGUUAAACACUUAGUUUAAAGGCCCGACCCUUUCUAAAACAGGUUUAAAAAAUAAAUAAAUAACCAGGACCUCAAUUCCAUGGUUACCUUCUCUAAGGAACGUUUUUUUUGUUUGUUUUUGAUGCCUUGCAUGUAGAGGUGGCACUAUGCCCUCGGCUACUGUGGAUCAUAGCCAAAGAAUUUGUGAGGUAUGGGCUAACAACCUGGAUGAUGAGCUCAAAAGGAUUCGCCAGGUCAUUAGAAAAUACAACUACAUUGCCAUGGACACAGAGUUCCCAGGUGUAGUUGCGAGACCGAUUGGAGAGUUCAGAAGCAAUGCUGACUACCAGUACCAGUUACUGAGAUGUAAUGUAGACUUGCUAAAGAUUAUCCAGCUGGGACUUACGUUUAUGAAUGAACAGGGUGAAUACCCACCAGAAACCUCUACGUGGCAGUUCAAUUUUAAGUUUAACCUCACGGAGGACAUGUACGCCCAGGACUCCAUCGAGCUCUUGACCACAUCAGGUAUCCAGUUCAAGAAGCAUGAAGAUGAGGGGAUUGAGACGUUGUACUUUGCUGAAUUGCUCAUGACCUCAGGCGUGGUGCUUUGUGAGGGUGUCAAGUGGCUGUCUUUUCACAGUGGCUAUGACUUUGGUUAUCUGAUCAAGAUUCUUUCCAAUUCUAACCUGCCCGAAGAGGAAGUGGACUUCUUUGAGGUCCUUCGUCUGUUCUUUCCCAUCAUAUACGAUGUCAAGUAUCUUAUGAAGAGCUGCAAAAACCUCAAGGGUGGGCUGCAGGAAGUGGCAGAUCAGUUGGACUUGGAGAGGAUUGGACCUCAGCACCAAGCUGGCUCUGACUCACUACUCACUGGCAUGGCUUUCUUCAAGAUGAGAGAGAUGUUCUUUGAGGAUCAUAUCGAUGAUGCAAAGUACUGUGGUCACUUAUACGGGCUAGGUUCAGGCUCUGCAUACGUCCAGAAUGGCACAGGGAAUGCCUACGAGGAGGAAGCCAACAAGCAGCAGUCAUGACAUCAUCCAGACCAAGGAGCACAGUGAUGAUCUCCUCUAAUCAGUGCAGCAGUGGAAGUCGUGUUACUACAAUACCUGGAAUAAUGGAAGAUCAGAAGCAUACAUGCCAUUUAGGAAGUUCUUUUUCAUACGCUCUUCUCACUUUAGAUGGUUGGUGAAUUUGGUGGUUGAAUAGGAAAAGGAAUUCCCAGCUGUCUCCACACAGCUGGGUGUGUUCAAAAUCAUGGUUAUCUUUCCUAUGAACGCAGCUUAGAGGGGCUUGUUAGUUCAUUUAGAUUUCACAAUUAAGCGCUUGAGAAGAAAAAAGGGAUUUUAGUUUUUCUAAAAUGUUCAGUAGAAAUGUUGCACUUUAAAGCUCCUAACCAGAACCUUGAUUUUAUAUGAAAAGCUGAAAAUAUUUCUGGUUUGCUUCUCUUCGUUACUCCUCUAAUUUAAAAAGAAAUGUCACUUAACAUCAAUCUUUAUUACGCUACUGUUUUUUUCCUUCACCAAACUCAGCCUUAAUAGUAGCUACAUUUUUUAUAUUAUUUUAAUAUUUAAUUUAUUGUACUGGUUGGUUCUCGUGCGAAAGUUGAAUUGUUCACUCUUUCAAUACUAAUAUGCCAGUCAGCUACAUGUAGAUAUGAUAUUCCCUGAUGAUAGGAGUAUGGUUAAUUCGUCACUUCCUGUUUGAGGGAGGAGUUCUUAUUGGCACAGGUAAACACAGGUAUUUGUUGGGCCUCUCUAAUUUUGCACUGAUUUUACCCUUCAUGAUGGGUCAGCACUGAUUUUACCAGAACUAAAUUAAAACAAGAGCUUACCUGCCUUACUAAAAGUAAAUUGAGGAUACCCUGAACUUCUUUAUUGAGAGUAUAAAGUAUUUUCCAUUUUCCUUUUUAAAAUGACUUGAAGGUUUUGUAGUGUUUUAGUGUGAAGAAAAAAGUUCACAUCUGUUUACUCACUGAAGAAUUAAUGCUUCUUAACGUACAUCUUAACCAACCUAAGAACCUUGUUUAAGUGGAAUUCGUGUUAGUUGUACUGCUGGUUUUUUGAAUGAAGCACAUUUUUGUGCUGUUUGUCGUUUUUCUUUUCUAUUGUAUUGCUUUACAAUUCAUGUAUGCAGCUUCAUUCAGCUGCAUGAAAGAUGUUUGAAUAAAUGCUGUGUUAAAUAGUA